ACUGGAUUAAUUCACCUUCUACCUAAAUUCCAUGGUUUUGCAGGUGAAGACCCUCACAAACACCUGAAGGAGUUUCACAUUGUAUGUUCCACUAUGAGACCUCAAGGUGUUCCAGAGGAGCAUGUCAAAUUGAAGGCAUUUCCAUUCUCUCUUAUGGAUUUGGCUAAAGACUGGUUGUAUUAUCUUCCACCUGGCUCUAUUACAAGUUGGGACACCCUCAAGAGAUUGUUCUUGGAAAAAUUUUUCCCUGCCUCAAGAGCUGCCUCAAUAAGAAAGGAAAUAUGUGGUAUUAGGCAGUUGGAAAGGGAAAGUUUGUAUGAAUAUUGGGAGCGUUUCAAGAGACUUUGUGCUAGCUGCCCCUAUCAUCAGAUAAGUGACCAGCUCCUAAUCCAAUACUUCUAUGAGGGCUUACACCCAAUGGAUAGGAGCAUGAUCGAUGCAGCUAGUGGGGGAGCCCUAGUUGACAAGACUCCCGCUGCCGCUAGAAACCUCAUUGAAAAUAUGGCAGCUAACUCUCAACAGUUUGCUACAAGGCAAAAUUCUCUCAUGUCCAGGAGUGUCAAUGAGAUUCAAACUUCAGAUUCACACAAGCUGGAGCAUAAGCUAGAUGAGUUGGCUUCUAUGGUAAAACAGUUGGCUUCCAUCCAAAAGAAUUCUGCUGCAUAUACACCUCCACCUCCAUCCAUUCCAGCAAUGCUUUGUGGGAUUUGUUCAUCUACGGAUCACUUCACUGAUAGUUACCCCACAUUGCAAGAAACUGAAUCUUCGGAAGGUAAUCCUCAAGCUUACGCUGCUAAUAUUUAUGCUAAUACAUUCCCUUUUCAACAGCCGCAGUAACAACAAAGCUGAGAUUUAUCUUCCAAUAGAUAUAAUCCCGGUUGGAGGAACCAUCCUAACUACUUAAUUCCCUUCCCUCAAAGAAUGGUUCAGCCCAGCAAGAAGCAAGAAGAGGUUGAUAAAAAAAUUCUAGAUACUUUCAGAAAAGUUGAGGUAAAUAUACCCUUGCUGGAGGCAAUUAAACAAAUACCCAAGUACGCCAAGUUCUUGAAAGACUUGUGCACUCAUAGAAGGCGGCUAAAGGGUAAUGAAAGAGUGAACAUGGGGAGGAAUGUAUCAGCUCUUUUUGAGAGGCAGAAAACUUCCAUGCCUGAGAAAUGCAAAGAUCCAGGGACAUUUACUAUUCCCUGCAUUAUAGGCAACAAUAGGAUAGAUAAUGCCAUGCUUGAUUUAGGUGCAUCUAUUAAUGUUAUGCCUUUAUCUAUCUUCACAUCUUUGUCUCUUGGACCAUUACAGCCCACAGGUGUCAUCAUCCAGCUAGCAAACAGGAGCACAGCACAUCCAACUGGACUUGUGGAGGAUGUGUUAGUGAGGGUGAAUGACCUCAUUUUUCCAGCUGAUUUUUACAUCAUUGACAUGAAAGAGUCAAUGGAUAGUGUUGCACCAAUCAUUUUGGGAAGACCGUUCUUAAAGACUGCGAGAACAAAAAUUGAUGUGCAUGCCGGAUCACUUACUAUGGAGUUUGGAGACAGUGUUGUCCGCUUUAACAUACUGGAUGCUAUGAAGCACCCAAAUGAAGAACACUCUGUUUUCCAUAUUAAUCAUCUUGAUGAAUUAAUAGAUGAUAAUUUGUCUGAAUUUCUAGGAGGAGACUCUCUCCUUAAUUUUUCUGAUUGUCCCUCUCAUGUGCAUGCACAAAAUUCUGUUGAAAGGGAGGACCAAACUAGUGAAGCAACUUCAGAGGAAAAGAAAGAGAAAAGGAAGAGGAAAAGUAAGCCACAACUCCAAGAACUAGAAGCGCUGCACUUAAGAGCAUAUGAAGACUCAAGAACCUACAAGGAGAGAACCAAGCAGUAUCAUGAUAAAUUGAUAGGUAGAGGAGAGUCUUGUGUAGGUCAAAAGAUGCUUCUAUUCAACUCAUGUCUCAAGUUCAUGACUGGAAGGCUACAUUCCAGGUGGAUUGGUCCAUCAACAGUUACACAAGUAUUUCCUAAUGGUGCAGUGAAAAUCAAGAGUGACUCCACUAACAAAUGUUUCAUAGUGAAUGGACAUCGUCUGAAGCAUUUUUUGGAGAACUUAGUUCCCUUGGAGGAGAUUGAAGAGAUACAAUUCAAUUUUGUGUGA